AUUUAAUCACAAUAUUAAUAAAACUAAAAAAAAAAUAUUUAUAAACAUGAGUGGAAGAGUUCCGAGAACACAUUCUUUCCAAUGGUCCACUCUCGUGGACUUUAUUGAGCAGCACCCAGAAAUGGUUACUCAUAAAUUUGUGGGCAUUAAUGGAAGGGAAAAUUUUAACAAACUGUGGGAAGAGCUAACGACCCUUCUAAAUAGUACUGGGUUUGGUAGUAAAGAUUGCAAAAAAUGGCAAGAGGUGUUUGGCAAGUGGAAAAGCAAAAUUAAAAUAAAAGCCCAAGAAAUUCAAUGUGGUAUCAAGAAGACGGGGGGAGGUGGACCAUUACCACAGUUGACCCCCAUUGAGGAAAGACUAAUAGGUAUAAUAGGUUGGAAGAUUGUGACAGGAGAUAGAAAUGUGGAAAUGGGGGUGGUAUGUAUUUAUUAAAAAGUACUAAUGGCCUUUACGAUUCAGUGAAAUGGACAAAUAUAUUAUUACUAGCAGAAAACUAUAUAUUUACCCACCACAUGCUAUAUAAUUGAACUACCAAUAAUAAUUUUUUGUAAACGUA